AAGACAAGCAGGCAAAGCAUGGGCCAGACAGGGACCCAGAUGAACAGGGACAUAAAGGAGCUGGGUGAUGUCAGAGAGCUGAGGCAGAGUUCAGGAACAGCCAUGAAAGAGGAUUUAAAGUGACCUGUACCAGUGACAUUUCUUCUCCCUGGACUGUGGUUUUACCCUCACUGUCAUCCAGUCCAGAAAGUCAAAGAUUUUUUUCAGGUCAGACGGUCUUUGAGAAGAUGAACAGAUCUUCUGCCACCAACGAAGAUGGCAAUGGGGCUCUGAAGUGCCAAAAGUUUUCUCCUGAAGGGAAACUCCAGGAAGGGAGUAACAAGAAGGUGGAACUGGGGAAGAAGGUGACGCUACUCCGAGGAAUCUCCAUCAUUGUUGGGACCAUUAUUGGAGCUGGGAUAUUCAUCUCACCAAAGGGGAUCCUGAAACACUCCGGCAGCGUAGGAAUGUCCCUGGUAGUCUGGAUUGCCUGUGGUGUCCUAUCACUUUUUGGAGCUCUUUCCUACGCUGAGCUGGGAACCUGCAUUAAGAAGUCUGGAGGACAUUACACAUAUAUAAUGGAAGCAUUUGGACCUCAGGUGGCUUUUAUUCGGCUUUGGGCCGAUCUCAUUGCAAUAAGGCCUGCAGCCAUGGCCGUCAUUUCUCUGGCCUUUGGGCAGUACAUCCUGGAGCCGCUCUUCAUGCCCUGCAGUAUCCCCCCCAUGGCCGUCAAGCUGGCCACAGCCAUCGGCAUCACUUCUGUUGUUUACUUGAACAGUAUGAGCGUCACCUGGACGGCCAGGAUCCAGAUCAUCCUCACCAUCAGCAAGUUGGUGGCCAUCGCCACCAUCAUCAUACCUGGGAUGUACCAGCUCUUCAAAGGAAAUACCAAAAACUUUGAGAAUGCCUUUGAGUUGAGCAACGUCCAGCUUUCUGGAAUGCCCCUGGCUUUCUACUCUGGGAUGUACGCUUACGCCGGCUGGUUUUAUCUAAACUUUGUAACGGAGGAGGUCGACAACCCAGAGAAGACGGUCCCAUUAGCCAUCUGUAUCUCAAUGGCUAUAGUGACCUUCUGCUAUGUGUUGACCAAUGUGGCCUACUACACUGUGAUGUCAGCAGAAGAACUCCUGGCCUCAGAUGCUGUCGCUGUGACAUUUGCAGAGAGGCUAUUAGGGAACUUCUCCAUUGCAGUCCCGGUGUUUGUAGCCUUGUCCUGUUUUGGUUCAAUGAACGGCGGUCACUUUGCCUUGUCAAGAAUGUUCUAUGUAGCGUCACGUGAGGGCCAUCUCCCUGAGGUCCUGUCUAUGAUCCAUGUCCGCAGACACACUCCACUGGCUGCUGUCCUCAUACUGUAUCCAAUGACCCUUCUCCAGCUCUUCGUCGGGGACAUUUACAGCCUGCUGAACUUCAUGAGUUUUCUGCGGUGGCUGUUUAUUGGAGUGGUGGUUCUGGGUUUAAUCUACCUCCGAUUUACCAAGCCUGAUCUGCCCCGCCCCUUUAAGGUGCCACUCUUCAUCCCUGUGGUGUUUUGUCUGACAUGUUUCUUCAUGGUCUUCCUCUCACUGUACUCCGACCCUUUCAACACUGGAAUUGGAUUCGUCAUGUCCCUCACUGGCAUCCCUGCUUACUACAUUUUUAUCUACUUUAGCAGACCAAAGUGGCUUCAAAAAGCUUUAGACUCCUUCAACAGAACAGUGCAGAUCAUCCUGGAGGUGGUUCCUGCUGAUCAGUGAUGGAGUCUGCUGCACAGUUUUCCGUUUCACUGAGGAAGGAUGAAACUAAUUCCAAAAGCCACCAAGCAAAAAUCUUUUUAGAGAUG